GGGUAGAAUUCGAGAUGAAAAUGGAAGAACACUACGCAAGCUGAAGUAGUAUUAUCUUCAUCCAUUUCCAAAAACCGCUAAUGGCGCCAUUGCUGGGUAAUGUGCUUCAUCUUCGUUCGCCAUUUUCACUUCCCAUCAGCACCAUCAAUUGCUGCAACUUCACCACUAAUUCAAAACUCCCAUACAUCCGAACAUUAACAAGGAAGAAUUGGAUGAACAAGAAGAAUCCACUGUUGUCCACCUUUUUCAGGAAACCUCACCAUCUGUGGUAUACAUUGAAGUGCUAGAACUAAUGAAUAGCUCCAAGAAGUCAAAGGAAGCUUUUCUAGCUGACGAAAGUGGUGCAAAAGUUGAGGGGACAGGUUCUGGCUUCCUCUGGGACAAAUUUGGUCACAUUGUUACCAAUUACCAUGUCGUGGCUAAGUUGGCAACUGAUCAAAGUGGACUUCAGUAUUUUAAGGUGACUGUAGUAGAUGCAAAAGGAAAUAAAAUUACAACUGAGGCCAAGAUCAUCGGUUUUGAUCCAACAUAUGAUCUGGCUGUUCUUAAGUUUGAUCCUCAGGGAAAAGAGUUAACGCCUGCUCUUCUAGGAACAUCAAGUAAUCUGCAUGUCGGCCAGAACUGUUUUGCUAUUGGGAAUCCUUAUGGUUAUGAAAACACUCUAACAACUGGGGUAGUAAGUGGUUUGGGCAGAGAGAUACCAUCUCCAAAUGGACAGGCCAUUCGAGGAGCCAUACAAACAGAUGCUGCCAUUAAUGCUGGAAACUCAGGAGGGCCAUUGAUUGAUUCAUAUGGUCAUGUCAUUGGUGUGAAUACUUCGACAUUUACUCUCAAAGGCUCUGGAAUGUCCUCUGGUGUUAACUUUGCGAUUCCAAUUGACACUGUAUUGCGGACUGUACCUGCUCUUAUUGUCUAUGGAACACCUUAUUGUAACAGGUACUAGGACUACUAGCUGAAUUGCUAUUGAAAUUGGCAUCUCUAAGCAUUCCUGUGAGUUAAAAAUCAAAUGUGAAAAUCAUUCUCGUUAGUCGUAAUUUGAAAAGCUUUCAAGUGCUGGGUGAUUGUUGCAUGGCUCUCCUAUCAUUCUGUAAUUAUAUGCUAAUUUUUUUGUAAAAAGAAAUAUUACAAGCAACUGAUUAUGGCAGUCAUGUAUAUUUCAGAUACUUCUGAAGAAAGAUAUAUACAAAA